AUGGCAACACUCCCGCGAACGGAACCUAUACCGAAAACCCCAGCCAUCCCCGCUGUGGCUGGUGCGAAAACUCUCUUCUCUUUACCUGGAGAGAUCCGGAACAAGAUCUAUAGCUAUCUACUUCCGGCCCACGGCGAGAUCGAAAUACAUCAGCUUGUCCGAGACCAGAGGUUUGCUUCCGCCGAUACUCGUCCGAUACACACCGGACACGCACAUGCGCUAAAGCUGCUUAUCACGUGCCGGCAAGUCUACCACGAGGCCACGUCCUUAUUCCUGUCGAGUAACACCUGGGUUAUCUCAAGGGCUUCGUAUGACAAGUCCGGGUACCGAGUUACACAAGCAGACGACCUCGCAACUUGGUUGACUAUGCUCGGAUCUAGUGCGACCAUGGUACAUAAGGUUAUUCUCAACUUGGCUGAAAACACCGACAAUGGCGGUGACCAACUCAAAUGGCGCCUAAAAAUUGACUCCAGCAAGGAUACAACUGAUGUGGCUGAGGCUGUCAAAUUAGGCAAUCUGCUGAAGUGUCUCUGGGCAACGCCUAAUGCGAUCCGUGCGAUCAAGAUUGUCAGCCCCAAGGGAGCUGGCAAAAACUACAAGUACCGGAAUAACAAUGAUUUUAAUCCCAUGUUCAGCCAGACACAUCCGGAGAACAGAGGUAACAAGACACAUCCAGUCUUUGACACUAGUGCCAUCACAAACGCGCUCAUAGCUCUCCGACGCGGCGAUCUCGGUCUGAAGAACUGCGGACGUCAGGUGCACGAUGUUUUCAUCCGAAGAGAUGGUCUAGAAGGAUAUAUCCUGUUCGACUACAACUACUAUAAGCCGUCACACAAUCGUCCCCACGUUGAGAGGACCUACGUUGAGCGGAAGUUCUCCAUCACGAACGGCGGCACAACACUGUCACUUCAACCCGCCGACACUCCCGGAUUGAUGAACCUACCACAGCAUCUGAAGAUCCGACUGUUCGAAUCGCUUUGUCUUGCUAAAGGGUUUCUUGACCCCUGGCGAAGUACAGUCACCAUCGAUCUGGACCAAAAGAUCACAGUAGGCGCAACUCCAGUGCUGGAAUCGGUAUCGCAACAUCUGCGAUCGGAGUGCUACUAUCGCUUCUGGCUCGCCAAUAUGAUCUCAGUCAAGAUGCGGAGUACAAACGUUGAAACAGACUUCGGCCACUUCGACAAACUACGCAUCUUCUGCUGCACAGCGUCUACUCCACGUGAGCCCUGGAGAAUGAGCAACAGACGUAAAGGAAUCCGCGACCUGGAGUUUCUACUUCAGUUCAACGUUUCGCCCGCACCCAAACUCGAUGAUUUGCGUAUCAAUAUACUCGACUUCCUACGCGUGACAUCGUACCUCGAUAGCCGCGACAGGAAAAUUACCUUCCAGAUCGGCGAUACAAACGAUAAGGCGUCUGUCUCGCUGGCCCACCUCCGCACAUGCGCUCUCAUCGCCCUGACCGACUUCCAACAAACGUACAAACGCACCCGUCCAGACACUAAGCGCUGCCCCAACAUCUGGGUCAACGGCUACGGGCGUAUCGUGUGCGUUGAAGGGCCAGGCGGCAAAUCCAUCAAUCCAUCGGAGACCAUACAGCGGAAUGUGUCGCGUGGAGAUGGUGGUGAAGAUAUUUUGUUUGCAGUGGAUGAUCGUUGA